AACCAGAUUACCCAACCAUGACAAACUUCUACCGCGAAACCGACCUCCCCGCUUUCUGAGCGGUAAAACGCCGGAGCAUCAUCGUCGUGGCUACGCUCUCCACCGCGGGUGGCGUUCACGUUCUUCUCAUCUUGCUCUGCUUCUGAUGCUACCUCCUACGCAGCGCCUCUCUUCUCUUUAACAAGGACCUCAGUGACUUCUCUCCUUCACAUCCUCUUCUACCUCACCCGAAAAGAAGAAUCGUCAGUGACUCUAUCAUGUCAGAGACAUCCGAGAAAUCAGGUUCUAAUGAACCAGUUUCCCCUGACACUGCUGCUGAAUUAUCAUCAUCAACGAUUUGGGACCAUUUUACUGCAUUGCAAGGCACCGAGAAUAAGGCUAAAUGCGACUAUUGUGGUUGUGUGGUCAAAUAUGAAGAUGAAACAAGUGCUAUGCGUUCACAUUUGAAUAGAUGUGAUGCUAACACAAGCAUUGAUGGGAAUAAAAUACAAAAAACAAUUUCUUCCAUGUCAGAUAGUGAAGAGGAGGGGUAUGAAGAUGGUCUUGGAUCUUCCGAAGAUACCUUCAAAUUUGACCAAGAAGCAUCUCAAAGGGCACUUACGAAGAUGUUUGUAAUAGAUGAGCUACCAUUUUAUCUUGUGAAGUCUGAACGCUUUAAAAAUUUUCUACGUUCCAUACAACCCCUGUUUGAGAUCCCCUCACAUGUUGCAUUAAUACAAGAUGUUGUUACACUUUAUCGUGAAGAAAUAAUAAAAUUGAAAGAAUAUUUUUCUAUUCAUUCUCAAAGAGUUUGCCUUAUCACUGAACCUUGGACGUCAAGUCAUGGAUUAAAUUUUAUGAAAGUGACUGCACAAUUCAUUGAUAAUGACUGGAGGCUGCAAAAGAAAGUAUUGAAUUUUUGCCAAAUCACUGGCUAUUCAGAAGACGAAAUGAAUGAGUGCAUUGAAGUUUGCUUAGGUAAUUGGAAGUUGAAUGAGGUUUUUAGUUUAACAGGUGAUAUCGCAUCGUCGGAUGAUCCAAGUACUCAAGAUCUGGAAAAGAGAAUAAGCUCUUGGGAUAGCAUAUUCUUGAAGGGUGGGUAUAUUCAUGUGCAAUGUUGUGUGCAUAUUGUCAGCCUGAUUGUGAAGGAAGCAUUGAAAGAAAUUCAUGACUCUAUUGUAAGAAUUCGUGGUGCAGCCAUGUAUAUCAGAUCUAGUCCUUCAAGAACAGUAAAAUUUAGAAAGUGUGUUGAACAUGAGAAGAUUCAUUAUAAAGGUCUUAUUCAGCUAGAUGUUGAAACUGAGUGGAAUUCAACCUAUAUUAUGUUAGAGGGUGCUGUGAAUUAUCAAAAGGCAUUUGAAUUAUAUAAGCAGCGAGACCUUAACUAUGUUGAUGAGUUAAGUAGUGAAAGUGGGAAAGGCAUACCUUCAGAAGACGAUUGGAAAUCUGCUCAAUCAAUGCUACCAGUUCUAAAAUUCUUUUAUGAUUGUAUUUUGCGAAUUUUUGGUACCUCUUGCAUUACUAGUGAUAUAUACAUGAAGGAAGUAUUUGCUAUUGGAAGGAAGAUCCAUCAUUAUCAUGAACAUGAUGAUGCUAGUAUAAGUAGAAUGGCUAGUAGGAUGAAGAAUAUAUAUGACAAAUACUGGGGGAAUUCUAAUGCAAUUAACAUGUUAUUGAUUGCUGUCGUGCUAGAUCCCAGAUUGAAGUUGGGUUAUGUCAAUUGGAAUCUUGAUUACUUCUUUGGCUCUGAAAAAGGAAGUGAGUUGAAAACGAAGUUGCUUUCCUGUCUUGGUUCACUUUAUCGUUAUUAUCAAGUUACACACAAAGGGUCUCAAGAUGAUCAACAACAUGCACAAAUUGAUGAAGAUGAUGAUCUCUAUGGUAUGCGUUUAUAUCUGCAAUCAACUGGCAAUAAAUCACAUGUUAAAUCUGAGCUUGAUAGGUAUUUGGAAGAAGAAUGUGAGCCCUUGAAUAAACAAGCAGAGUUUGAUCUAUUGAAUUGGUGGAAGAGCAAGUCGAGCCGAUUUCCCAUCCUUGGAAGCAUGGCUCAAGAGGUGUUGGCCAUUCCUAUUUCUGCGAUAACCUCAGAGUUUGCAUUUAGUGCCAAAGGAAGGGUUAUAGAUCUCUAUAGAAGUUGCUUACCACCCAAAUUUCUGGAGAUGCUUGUUUGUACAAAGAGUUGGUUAGAAGGACCUAGCUCAUUAUCUGCAGAGAUUAUCUUUUUGGAGGAUGACAAUGAGGAUGAUGAGAUCUUUUCGGAAGAUGAUAAUGAGGAUUACAAUGAUGAUUCCUAGUUUGAGAUGAAUCGUCAAGAAGAUGUUUCAAUCAUUGCUUAGUCUUCACGGCCGAAGUUUAGUUUUAAGAUCCUUAUUUUAUAAUGAACCCUAUUUCUAGUCACUCACUCACUCUCCUGCUGGUUUUGGAUUAAAGUUGAAUGAUGUAG